AUGGAGGAGAGCCCCGGCCAGAGUGAGGGGAGGGAGCGGGAGUCUUUCGUGCGUUUGCCGCCCCGCGUCAUUGACUGCUCUCACCGUCCCUUUCCUGUUUCUGCUUCCCUUUCAGGUCGGCCACCGGACGCGCACGGCGGCGGCGGCGGCGGCUGGUCCUGCUGCCCAGUGUGGAGCCUUCCGCGGGGCUUAGCCCUGGGCCCUUCCUUGUCCACCGACAGGGGCCUUGGGGUGUGGUGUGUGGGGAGCCCCUUGCAGCAGGGGGCGCUGCUGCUCCUGCUUGGUCCGGAGGAAGAAGAGCAGGAGGCGGGCGCCUCCCCGGCGGAACUUCCACCAGCCUGCUGGAAAGAGGCUUCUGCUUGCAACAGGACAGCAAGCUGGAAAAGCUUGGUGAAGCAAAGCCGGGAUAAAGAUGAGGCAAAUGUGGCAUUAGUAUGGAUCAAUGGGGAGCUCCACAUCCGAGUAUGCUGUCCCAUUGCUGCUGGCACUGAACUGCUGUACUGGUUAGCAGAGGCCAGUCCUGCUUGCCUGGAAAAGAAUGCACCAGCAAAUAUAUCAGAUGGGGUGUUUGUCGCAGAGAAGAAAACGGUAGAGGAGCAGCUAGCUAAGACCACCACUGUGGAAGCAGAGACUUUGACACAGAAAGGAGAUGCUUCCCUAGAUGGCGAUGCAAUAGAUUCCUUUGCAGGUGCUCUUGAUACCCCCAAGGUUGUGGAGCAGAAAGCCAGAGCCCAUUGUCUUCCUUUGCUGGAUAAGAAGCUCCCAGUCAAGCAACCUCCUGGCCUGGAAAAUGAUCACAAGAAAAGGAAUGAAAAUGGGUCCCUGCAGUGUGAGCUCAGGGACUCCAAGGAACAGCAUGGAGAGAAGCAGCCCAUUGUGAGCUGCUCUGUGGCUGAGGAGGGUGGAAGUAAAGAGGAUGGUGUGCUGCAACCUCAAACAGAGCAAGUGAAUGAGACACUAUCCAAGGUAAAGCCGACUGACAUUUGUUCACAACCGCCCCCAUCCAGUGCAAUUCAACCCAGUGCUCACUUGACUGAGAAGGUGGAGGUGUUGAGGGGCCAAUCUUGUGCUGAAAGAGCCCCAAGUGGAUGUGCCAUGUCUACACCCAGGGACAGGGUAGAGGAGCAGAGUGAAAAUCCCAGGCAGGAGGAAGUGUCUCCAAGCAACAUGGGUGGUGCACCAAAGCUCAAGGAGGCAGACCACGAGCGACGAUACCGGUGUGAAGAGUGUGGCAAAGCUUUCCUGCAGCUUUGCCACCUGAAGAAGCACCACUUUGUGCACACUGAUCACAAACCAUUCCUGUGCACAGAGUGUGGCAAGAGCUAUAGCUCGGAAGAAAGCUUCAAAGCGCACACGCUGGGCCACCGAGGGGUGCGGCCGUUCCCCUGCCCACAGUGCCACAAGAGUUACGGCACCAAACGGGACCUUCAAGAACACCAGGUGCUGCACACGGGCCAGCGCCCUUUCGUAUGCCCUGACUGUGGGAAAUCCUUUGCCCGACGGCCCUCUCUUCGGAUUCAUCGCAAAACCCACCAGGCUAAGGAGCCAAGGCUAUCUGCUGCUGCCGCCUGCCAGUGUGUGAUAUGCGAGCGGCAGCUGGCCAACCCUGGGUCGUUGCGCAACCAUAUGCGGCUGCACACAGGGGAACGCCCGUAUACCUGCCCCUACUGCCCCAAGUCUUUCCGCCAGCAGGGAAAUCUCCGUGGGCACCUUCGGUUGCAUACAGGGGAGCGCCCUUACCGCUGCCACUUCUGUGGAGAUGCCUUCCCGCAGCGCCCUGAGCUGCGCCGUCACCUGAUCUCCCACACAGGUGAGGCUCACCUGUGCACAGUGUGUGGGAAAGCACUGCGUGAUCCCCACACGUUACGGGCUCACGAACGUUUGCACACAGGCGAGCGCCCUUUCCGUUGCCAUCUGUGCCCCAAAUCCUAUCCUCUGGCCACAAAAUUGCGACGCCACCAGAAAGCCCACCAUGCUGACAAGCCGCACCAGUGCCAAAUUUGUGGCAUGGGCUACGCCCUCCCCCAGAGCCUGCGACGUCACCAGCUUGAGCACAAAGGAAACCUAGACGGGGAUCCAUCCAAAAGGGGCACGAAAAAACCCCAGGAGCUGCCAGCUUCAGAGCAGCCAGCUGUGCUGGUAGUGCACUCUGUGGACACGGCAGUGCCUGGAAACCACACAGAGCUCCUUAUCACCAAUGAUGGGCACUAUGUUACCGCACAGCAGAGCUCUGCCAAGCACAAUAACGCCAUUGAGAUUGCUGUCUCGGACACGGAGAAAGAAUGCAUCAUUGUGCAGGAGCAGGGCUCCGCCAGUGACAUGUUCAUUAUUCAAGAGGGUGUCAGUUUUAGCACAGUGGCGGAGGUGGUGGAGGUGGAGAUGGGGACAUGACCGUCAGUCUUUUUGCAGGUGGCAUUAAAACAUCUUUGGAAGUCUAA